AAAAGGAUUGACAAUUUAUUGUUAUAUCAAAUAUAUAGUUUAAUAAAUUUAUUUAGUAUCCUUAAUGAUGGACCUAAAAAUAUGUUUUUAUAUUUUAAUCUUAGUAGUUUUUAAUUUUUGUGAAGCUAAUAUUGAUCUUAAACCAACAACAAAUGGAUUAAGCGUUUCUGUUUUAAAUGAUGACAAUGAGGUAACUUUGCAAGGAACAAUCGGUAUAGGCAUUGACUUUACAGUCAGUAACUGCCAGAACGACUUUACUCAAUGCGCUUUUAACGGAUCCUCACUAUCAAUAAACCAGAUCGAUAGUGGUUACCAAAUUGUUUGGAAUUCUGUUUAUACAGAUCAUAAGUUUGUGGAUAAAUUUCAACUGGAUCUAGGAAACAGCUACUGGUUUGGUGGUCCAGAAAGGUAUCUACAGAAUCCAUUGGAACGGUUAAUUUUAAAUGGGGAUGAUCCGUAUGUAAUUAAAAAAUCAGAUAAUUUUGCUGUAGCUGAAAGGUACUGGUUAAAUAGUAAAGGUACUUUUAUUUUUAUUAAUGAUAAAGUACCGCUAUUCAUUGACCAAAAUAAUAACGAAAAUGGAGUACUAUUUCUGAUAGCUAAGUGUGAAAAUCCCUAUGUAAAUCGCCAAAGGAACAUUCUAACUUAUGAUAUUGUUACGAAGAAAAACUCAAAAGAAGCCCACCUCCAUGCCGUAAAUAACUAUCUAGGAAAACCAACAGGAUACCCAAAUGAAAAUAUGAUAAGAAAACCAGUAUGGACUACUUGGCCUAAAUAUAAACAGCCCGUUGAUCAAAACAAAGUCAAUGAAUUUGUGAAAAGUAUUGUCGAGCAUAACUUUUUGGGAGGACAGAUAGAAAUCGAUGAAAACUGGGAAGUAUGCUUUGGAUCCCACGUAUUUAACAAGGAUAAAUUUCCAGAUCCAAAGGGUUUAAUAAAUUCAAUAAAAUCGCAAGGCUUUAAAACUGCACUGUGGAUUAAUCCCUUUGUUAACAAUGAUUGUCAGAAUUAUUCCAAUGAGGGACUAGACAAAGGAUAUUUUGUUAAAGAUGUGAAUGGUGAUACUAGAGCUAUUUGGUGGGAAAGUGAUGAUGCUCAUCAGGUCGAUUUUACAAAUCCAGAUGCUGCCAAAUGGUUUUCCGAUAAAAUCCAGGCACUAGCUGACGAUCCUGGCCUAGAUGGUUUUAAAUUUGAUGCAGGAGAAACAGACUAUGCAAUACCGCCGCAUCAGUUUGAUCAUGUAGAAGAUCAAGAAGAAGUUCCCAACGUGUUCACCAAAAAAUAUGUUGAAACUUGUGCACAGUUUGGAGACCUUAUUGAAGUUAGAUCUGCGUGGAGGACACAAAAUCUUCCUGUUUUUCUUAGAAUGAUUGACAAAGAUUCUCUUUGGACCAUGGACGAUGGACUGGAAUCUCUUGUAACAACACUUAUACAAAUGAAUAUGAAUGGAUAUACUUUAGUUUUACCGGAUAUGGUUGGAGGUAAUUCCUACAGACAAGCACCAACAGCUGAAUUAAUUGUCCGAUGGACGCAAGCUAAUGCAUUAAUGCCAGCAUUACAGUUUGGAUUUCUACCUUGGGAUUAUCCUAGUGACAAAUUCGAUACUACAGAAAUUGUGAGGAAGUACACCAACUUGCAUGAGGAAUACGGUGACAAAAUUAUUGAAGCUAUGAAAGCCAGUAUAAAUAAGGGAACGCCAGUAAAUCCUCCAAUUUGGUGGAUCGAUCCAACAGACUCAUUUUCAUACACUAUUUAUGACGAAUUUCUCCUUGGAGAAGAUGUCUUAGUCGCACCUGUUUUAGUGGAAGGGGCUACUUCAAGAAACAUAUAUUUACCAACCGGUAACUGGAAAGAUGGAAUCAGUGGGGCAACUUUUGUUGGUCCUCUAAAUAUAACUAACUUCGAAGCACCUAUUGAUGUAUUACCUUAUUUUGUUAAAAUUGAUUAAGUAGGAAUAAAUAAAUAUAUUAGUUACGUGA